AUGAUGCUAAUGGAGGCUCCCGAGUUGGCCUUGAUGGGAUCUUGUGUUCUGGAGAUGGUGAUGAAGGGUAAUGAUGUUUACUUGAUGAAUGUUGGGGAUAGUCGAGCAGUUUUAGCAAAAAAGACUGAGAACGAUGGGAGGCCAGGGAAGGAUUUAGUUGAAAUGCUUUAUGGUUUCAUGUCUCAGGAAGUUAAAAGGAUUCGAACUGAGCAACCAGACGAUCCCUUUGCCAUAUUCAACGAAAGAGUGAAAGGUUCGUUGAAGGCACAAUCGAAUCACUCAAAAGGUAAAAGUGCAACACCAAGUCAUAGUAAUAUCCCGGAUGGUGCUCCUGAGGUUCCGCCAGCUCCUCAACGACAACAUUUAGAUCAUAGUAGUGGCCCCAUUUUAAUUGAAUCAAGUUUUAUUUUGCUAGUUAUAUAG